AUGCGACUGCCUCCUGCAACCUCCCCCAGCGGUGCGGGGCUGCACGUGGGCCACCCCGAGGGCUACACAGCCACUGAUAUUCUGGCGCGCUACAAGCGCAUGCGCGGCUUCAACGUGCUGCAUCCCAUGGGCUGGGACGCGUUUGGCCUGCCGGCGGAGCAGUACGCCAUCCAGACCGGCACACACCCCGCCGAGACGACGGCGCGCAACGUGGCACGGUUCAGGCAGCAGCUGAAGAUGCUGGGUUUCAGCUACGACUGGCAGCGCGAGGUGUCGACGACUGACGCCGAUUACUACAAGUGGACCCAGUGGAUCUUCCUGCAGCUGUUCAAGAAGGGCCUGGCCUACCAGGCCGAGGUCCCUGUGAACUGGUGCCCCGCGCUGGGCACCGUCCUGGCCAACGAGGAGGUGAUCGACGGCAAGAGCGAGCGCGGCAGCCACCCUGUCGUGCGCCUGCCCAUGAAGCAGUGGAUGCUCAAGAUCACGGCCUACGCGGACAGGCUGCUGGAGGACCUGGACGAUCUCGACUGGGCCGACUCGAUCAAGGAGAUGCAGCGGAAUUGGAUCGGGCGCAGCGAGGGCGCGGAGAUCGAGUUUGAG